AUGUCCUGCCAGGUAUUCAACGGGACGAUUCCGAAAGGCGUCUGUGCUGCCGGCAGCGAUAAUUCCACCUUUCUGGUCGCAGAUUUCAAAAAAUGCUGUGGUCCUGCCCCUGUCGUCUAUGCGUAUUGUCCAAUUGUUUCGAAUGGUCCAUCCGGCUCUGAGCUCCAAGACUGUCUUGCUGGAGCAAUAGGAAUUGGUGCGUGCAACGGUAUAGACGACUUUGCCUCACCCAGCGCUCUUGCACAGGCGAGCGCAAUGGCCUCAGCGACUGUUUGCGCUGCUUGUGCCGUAGCGGCGACUACUACAAAUGCGGCUGCUACCUCUACCAAUGCCGCUAUUGGGAUUCACACGCCCGAUGCCGCUUCGUGGAAAAUUGUAUUCACCAUCGGAGUCAUAUUAUCCAUUGGACCCUUCACUGGUUUCCUCAUUUAA